GACACUGAUCUUGUCACAAAUCAGCAAGGAUCAUCUAAGAUUAAUCACCAUGGUCCAUGAAUGAUUGAUUGAGCAUUACACACACCUUGGCUGUGUAGAGGCUACAUUGCACUGUCCAGUGUCCGCUACCAAGGACACGACCCUGUCGUUCCGUUCACGCUCUGCUGACCAAAGGAGUUCCUCCAGGAAUAACACUGGAACCAUCUUUGUAUCCUUUCCACUCCGGAGCACAUCGUUUGCACAUUUCCGACACCCACCAUUCUUUUGUUGAGAUGGCAGCCGUGGUUGUAAUUCUGCUGGUGGCUUGUGUUUGUGUGACAAGUAUGAGGGCCUCACAUUACCCCUCUGCCCCUCAGUACACUUGGGCCCCCCGCCAGGCUCUACCUCCGACGCAUGCACCCCCUCAGUACACUUGGGCCCCCCGCCAGGCUCUACCUCCGACGCAUGCACCCCCUCAGCAAUACCAGAAGGGCCAAGUCACUGCUUCAGGCUAUAAUGGUUCACCAGGUUUCUGGUACGGCAGUUCAUCAAAGGGAGACAAUUGGAGCUACAACCGACUGCCAGCAUCAGGUUACGCUGGUAGCUUGUACAAGAACGAGCGAGUGGACAAACUCUCUGGACCCUCAGCCAAUGAGGGGCGAGUGUCUGGCAAGGCAAUGGCCGCUGGGGGAUACUCUAAAUUUACAACCAACUACCAGGAUCCUCUACAUUCAAGGUAUGGAAGCUUUACUAUACCUCCGAAAAAAUCUCAAGACUUUGGAAGGUACGGAGGAUACCGUAACAUAGGUUUCUAUGGAGCCAAAGGACCAGCUGUUCCUCACUAUCAGCAGACUGGAGGUGCUCCACUCAACAUUCCGCCCUUCAGAGGAAGUCGAAUAUAUGAAGGGGCUGUGGGUUUGAGGCACAAUCAAACCAAGAAAACGGGGGUUUAUGUUAUUCCAACUCCAUCGAAAUUAUAUUACGAUGGAGUUAAAAUCUAGCUUAAGUGUGAUUUUGGUUCCAAAAGCCAUUGCCAGAAGGGUAUGGUGCUUUUUGGACAGUUAGUUUGGUGCUUACUUUUGUUCUAAAUGUUUUUAAUCAAUGUGUUUUUAAUAAUACAAUUUUUGUUGGUUGGA